CGAUCAAAGAGUUUAAGAUUCCGACGCAAGUGUUGUCCUCAACACUACAUCCGGACAAAAGUGUGUUUGUCUGCGGAGGAGAGGACUUCAAAAUGUAUAAAUACGACUACAAUAACGGCAAUGAAAUCGAGUCCUUUAAGGGACACUUCGGUGGCGUUCAUUGCGUCCGCUUUUCACCCGACGGCGAACUGUACGCCAGUGGCAGCGAAGACGGAACGCUACGGCUAUGGCAGACAACUGUCGGCAAAACGUAUGGCCUCUGGAAGUGUAUUAAUACAGAAGAAACCGAUUCCAGUGAUACACAACUUUCUAAUAAUGAGAAUCACAACAAUUCUAAUAAUAAAUAAUUUUUGAAAUUUUGUUUUUUAAUACAAUUGUAAAGGUUUUUAAAGCAAUUUUUCGUUUAAAUUAAAUUUUUCAUGCAAUUUA